ACAUGCUGCUAUAUAAAACUAUAUUUACAAAUACAUUUCCAAUUCUACUUCCAAAAUGGAAACAAACUCAGAAAAACAACCGCCCAUCUCCUCCAUUAAACUCGACAAUGAAAACAAAGCAACUCAGUUCCGUCCACUCUCCUUCUCAUCACCUCACAUCAUAGCCUUUCACUUGGCAUGGCUCUCUCUCUUCACUUGCUUCUUCUCCACCUUCUCCAUCCCACCUCUCAUCCCCGUCAUCCGCCGUGACCUCCACCUCUCCGACGCCGACAUCAGCAACGCCGCCACCGCCUCUUUCGUCGGCUCCAUCUUCUCACGCCUCGCAAUGGGCCCUCUCUGCGAUCUCGUCGGCCCUCGUAUAGCCUCCGCUUCUCUUUCUUUAAUCACUGCUCCGAUCAUCAUGUCCACAUAUUUUAUCACGUCAGCUUCUUCUUUUAUUCUCAUUCGUUUUCUAGUUGGUUUCUGCUUAGCAAACUUCGUGGCUAACCAGUUCUGGAUGUGCUCCAUGUUCUCCGGCUGUGUUGUUGGGCUGGCUAACGGCGUCGCCGCCGGUUGGGCCAAUACCGGAGCUGGCGUAGCACAGUUAGUUAUGCCACAAAUAUAUUCUUUAAUUUCAAAUACUUGGUUAUCAUCAUCAUCCAGUACUGCAUGGCGUUUAUCAUUUCUUGUUCCCGGAAUAUUUCAAGCUUUUAUGGCCAUAAUGGUUCUUGUUUACGGCCAAGACUCACCGUCCGGUGGUGGCUAUAAGAGUAAAGAACAUGCAGAACAAGCGGAGAAGCGUAAAAAAGACAAUUUUCUUGGAAUUCUUUUGAAUGGUUUAACAGAUUAUAGAGGGUGGAUUCUGGCACUAACGUAUGGUUAUUGUUUCGGGUCGGAGUUGACGACUGAUAAUAUGAUCGCAGGGUAUUUUUAUGAUAGAUUUGGGUUGAAUAUUGAAGUUGCAGGGAUGAUUGCUGCAUGUUUUGGUAUGGCUAAUUUCUUCUCGAGGCCAAUGGGUGGUGUUUUAUCGGAUAAAAUGGGGAAAAGAUUUGGGAUAAGAGGGAGAUUAUGGGGGCUGUGGCUAGUGCAAACAAUGGCGGGGUUGCUGUGUGUGGUGCUGGGACGAGUUAACUCGCUGUGGAGAUCUGUGGCAGUUAUGUGUUUGUUUUCUGUGUUUGUUCAAGCUGCUUCUGGCCUCACGUUUGGUGUGGUUCCUUUCGUUUCCAAAAGGUCGCUUGGAGUAAUCUCAGGAAUGACUGGGAGUGGAGGAACUGUGGGGGCAGUAGUGACUCAGUUACUAUUAUUUUCAGGCUCAAGAUUCUCAAAGCAAACAAGUAUUUCUCUGAUGGGAGUUAUGAUGAUUCUAUGCACUCUUCCUGUCACCUUAAUCUACUUCCCUCAAUCUGGCGGUAUGUUCUGCGGUCCCUCUGCCUAUACCAUUUCAGCCGUCGAAGAUGACGGAGAUUACCACUUGCUGGUACAAGACUCGGAAAGAAAUGAAUUGCUGGAGCAUGAAAUUUCAACAAGACGCAUCGACUAAUAUCACUUAUUCUCUACUCCGACUUGUAAGUUUUCAAGGAAUUGAGGGAGACUCGUGAAGAGUAAAUGGCUGCAAGUCAGUAACAUUAUUUAUCCCAAAUUCAAGACAAAAGAACAUCUACCUCAGCCCGAUAAACAAUGUGAUAACCUACCGGACAUAAAAGUUGUUCCGUCGUGUCAGAUGGAAAACUGGGAUCUCAGUGUAUUAAUUUUUUGUCCAGAAAAAAUAAAAUUAGAAACCUGAAGAAAGUUGACAAACUCUAUUAUGCACUUGCAGACAAACAAACAAGAUUUCAGGAUCAUGGGUUUCAUAUAUUUGCUCUAAAGGAAAUUCCUAUA